GGCGGCAGCGGCGGCGGCGGCGGCGGCGGCGGCCUGGGGAGGCGGCGGCCUGGCCUGGCCUGGCCUGUCAGGGCGCGGGCGGCGGCGGUCCAGCACCAUGUCCCUGCAGUACGGGGCGGAGGAGACGCCCCUCGCCGGUAGUUACGGCGCGGCGGAUUCGUUCCCAAAGGACUUCGGCUACGGCGUGGAGGAGGAGGAAGAGGAGGCGGCGGCGGCGGGCGGCGGGGUUGGGGCGGGGGCCGGCGGCGGCUGUGGCCCCGGGGGCGCUGACAGCUCCAAGCCCAGGAUUCUGCUCAUGGGGCUGCGGCGCAGCGGCAAGUCCUCCAUCCAGAAGGUGGUAUUUCAUAAGAUGUCGCCCAAUGAGACCCUCUUUUUGGAGAGUACCAACAAGAUUUAUAAAGACGACAUUUCCAAUAGCUCCUUCGUGAAUUUCCAGAUUUGGGAUUUUCCUGGGCAAAUGGACUUUUUUGACCCAACCUUUGACUACGAGAUGAUCUUCAGGGGAACAGGAGCAUUAAUAUAUGUCAUUGAUGCACAGGAUGACUACAUGGAGGCUUUAACAAGACUUCACAUUACUGUUUCUAAAGCCUACAAAGUUAACCCAGACAUGAAUUUUGAGGUUUUUAUUCACAAAGUUGAUGGUCUGUCUGAUGAUCACAAAAUAGAAACACAGAGGGACAUUCAUCAGAGGGCCAAUGAUGACCUUGCAGAUGCUGGGCUAGAAAAACUCCAUCUUAGCUUUUAUUUGACUAGUAUCUAUGACCACUCAAUAUUUGAAGCCUUUAGUAAGGUGGUGCAGAAACUCAUUCCACAACUGCCGACCUUGGAAAACCUAUUAAAUAUCUUUAUAUCAAAUUCAGGUAUUGAAAAAGCUUUUCUCUUUGAUGUUGUCAGCAAAAUCUACAUUGCAACAGACAGUUCCCCAGUGGAUAUGCAGUCUUAUGAACUUUGCUGUGACAUGAUUGAUGUUGUAAUUGAUGUGUCUUGUAUAUAUGGGUUAAAAGAAGAUGGAAGUGGAAGUGCUUAUGACAAAGAAUCUAUGGCAAUUAUCAAGCUGAAUAAUACAACGGUCCUUUAUUUAAAGGAGGUGACUAAAUUUUUGGCACUGGUCUGCAUUCUUAGGGAAGAGAGCUUUGAACGAAAAGGUUUAAUAGACUACAACUUCCACUGUUUCCGAAAAGCUAUUCAUGAGGUUUUUGAGGUGGGUGUGACUUCUCAUAGGAGCUGUAGUCACCAGACCAGUGCUCCUAGCCUGAAAGCAUUGGCACACAAUGGCACGCCGCGAAAUGCCAUCUAGUCUGAAUUCCAGCACUGGGGCUCGAUGCCAGCUUACUCUUCAGUCCAGGGUCAGAUGCCACGCGCUGCAGGACAUGGGAGCUGCUGCUUUGUGGGAAUCUGGUGCCUGUCCCACUAGAGACGAGGGGUAGAGUUUCUCAUUUGGAUGAAAACCCCUUCAACCAGCGGUAUACAACUGAAGCUACUAUUUCUUUUUUAAAACAUGGCAAAAAAGAAUUCUAGACACCACAGAACUCAAGUGUGUCUUUCUCCUCUUUUGGGUCCUACUUUAAAUAGUUGGGAUAUUUUGGACCUGGAGAUCACACCAUUUAUCCAUCAUACCAGGGAAUGUUGCCAUCAGUUCCAGCUGAGAAUAAUAGAAAAACUGAAUUUUUAUAUGCUUCCUUUAGGCUUUUGUUUGAGUAGUCUCUAAAACCCUGCUUUGCUUAAGUUCUAACACUGCCUCUCCGAUCUCAGUUUUGGACAUUGCACCUCUAAGACCUUUGAAAUGCACUCGCUUGCUAACUCAAGGACGCAUCGUCUGACUGCAGCAAGACAUUCCUAGGAUUGUUACUGAAGAAAUGAGAGAAAAUUUUGUGCUGCAUCAGGUGGAGAGCAAGGCUCGACAGUGGCUGCACCCAUUUCCUGGGAAGUAUUGAGGAAAAAAACUUUGAAGCAGAAGAAAAUUUUUACACCUGUGUUUUGAGUACCAGAUGGAUAAGUUUUUUCUCCUGUGUUUGAUAAAUGAUCAUGCUCAAUGUAACAAAGGGAGUUUAAAUACUUUUUUCCCCACAGUUCCCUUCUAGGGGAGAAACUCAUUAUGUCACUGAAAUAUUUAAUCCACUUUUUCUUUAAUCUUGAUAUCAGCCUCCCCAUACCUUUUAUUCUAAGCUAUCUAGAUUCUUUAAGAAUUGAUGUUUGUUGAUCACGAAUGACUCUAAGGCACUGGGUGAACUCCACUGGGAGUCAGAGAGAGCAUGCCGUGCCACAUGUGUUGUUUAACAUACCUUGUCUCCAGUAUUCUGACACCAAGUGUCAACUGUGGUACUUUCUUCACCUAGGAUAUUAAUUUGUAAUUGUUUCUUUUUGUCAGUGGUUGAUACCUUUCUAUUGAUUUAAAUUUACACAUUAUUUUUACUUCACAUGCCCAGUAGUCAUAUGUCCCAAAGCCACUGGACCACUUGAGUACUUAAGUGCCACUGUUUAAUGAAAUAUAUAUAUUCAGGUCUGUAAACCUAACAGUGUGACUUGGAGUGCUUCCUGCAGGUAAUUCUGACUGUUGAGUAUUUACAUGGACCAUGGUGAUAUCCAGAAGAAAAAUGCUUUUAUAUUUAUAGAUUUCAUUGAACUAUAUAUAAAAUGGGUAUCAAUAAAUGUAUUUACUCCA